GGUGGAGACGCCGGCCGCCGACUGUCUCGUGCGGAGCGCGGUCCAAGACGGCCGCCGCGGCAGUCGUCUUGUGGUGCGAGGAGGUGUGGGGGUGCGUGGCCGCGCGUGGACGCAAGUACUGUCCCGUGAGACGAUUGUGGACGCUGGUGGACUGUGGACGGGUCGGUGGAUUGUGGAUUAGUGGACGAUUGUUGUCCCACGAGUGGCCUCGGCCUGCGCUGCGGCUGGGAUACGUUUGUCAGGUGACCCGAUGCGCGGCGGUGACCUGGCUGACCUCCGGUGACCCGAGGUGCCAGGGAUGCGGCCGCCGCCGUCCGCCGGCCACCGCUGGGCCCUGCUGGCCCUGCUGCUUCUCUGUGGACCGCCGCUGACACACGCCGAGGAAGUUGUCCUGCUGGACACCACGAAGGAACAACUCCUGGAGUGGACCCGCUACCCGUUCGGACCGCAGUCGAAAACUCCCGGGUGGAGCGAGGAGAGCUACACCAACUUCGAGAAGGGCAUCAACUGGCGCUCCCACGUCGUCUGCGACGUCGCCUUCACGGACGUCAACAACUGGCUGUGGACGCCGUUCAUCGAGCGAGGCGAGGCAGAGCGCAUCUACAUCGAGCUCAAGUUCUCCAUGCGCGACUGUUCGCUCUUCCCGGGCAAGGCGCUCAGUUGUAAAGAGACGUUCAGCUUGUUGUACUACGAGUUCGACGCGGCCACCCGUGAGCCACCGCCCUGGGAACCGGAGAGCUAUAAACUGAUUGAUCGAAUCGCCGCCGAUCGCGGUCGCUCCUCCACCAGCGAUCAGCAGGUGAUCAACGUCGAGACGCGCUCCAUCCCAGUCACCAAGAAGGGUGUGUACUUCGCCGUGCGCGACCAGGGCGCGUGCAUCUCCCUCCUGGCAGUGCGAGUGUUCUACCGCACGUGCGCAGAGGUACGCGCCGGGUUCGCCACGUUCGCGUCAGCGCCCACCGGACGCCAGGAGACUACCAUCAAGACGGCACGCGGCACGUGCGUGACCAAUGCGGAGCCUGGAGAGCGUGGCCUGCCCCAGUAUAUCUGCAAAGGCAACGGCGAGUGGGAUGUGCUGGACGGACACUGCAACUGCCGGCCCGGAUACGAGGCGAUAGAAGCCAACCAGACUUGUCAUGUGUGCCCGCCGGCCACCUACAAGUCGGUCUCUGGUGUGGGCGCGUGCCUGGCCUGUCCGGACCACAGCCGAGCGGAACGCUCCGGGUCUGACCUCUGUGCCUGCGAGCCGGGCUACUGGAGAGCAGAGACCGAUCCGCCAGGAUCAGCCUGUACACGCCCUCCGUCGGCGCCGCAGCAGCUCCGUGCCGAGUUUGUGGACCAGAACUCGGCGGUGCUGGUGUGGAGCGCGCCAGAGCUAAACGGCGGCCGGCCCGGGGACACCAGCUACAGCGUGAAGUGCCGCCAGUGUGGAGCCGACGUCACCUUCAGCCCCGCGCAGACGGGUCUGAACUCGACGCGUGUGACGGUGUCGGGUCUAAGCGCGGCCACCACCUACCAGAUCUCUGUGUCGGCCCAGAACGGCGUGUCGGCAGUGUCACCGGCAGAGGACGAACAUGCUGACCUCGAGGUCACCACACACGCCUCCGGGGCAGUUCCGUCGAUGGUUUCGGAGGUCCGUGUCACCCUGCUCCGUCCCUCGGAGGCUCUGCUCAGCUGGAGGCCGCCCUCCGACCCGGAGGAUGCCGUUCUCAAGUACGAGGCACGCUACUUCACCAAGAGUGAGGGCGCCAACAGCAGCAGCGUGUUCUCGGACUCAGCCAGUGCCACGGUCACCGGUCUGAGACUGAACACCGAGUACGGGUUCCAGGUGCGGGCUCGUACCGCCCGCGGCUGGAGCGAGUACAGCCGGCCGCUGUACACCACCACCGGGCCGGCGGCCGACUCCGCGUACCUGGGCGGCUCGGGCGCCAAUGGCGGCGGUAUGAACGUCGAGGUGAUCGCCGGCGUCUCGGUAGCCGUCGGCGUCCUCCUCGCCGUCGUCAUCGUUGUGGCCGUGCUGUUCGUCAAGAGUCGCAGCAUGGAGAAUCCGCACAAGAAGCGGCCCAGGGACGUCGGCUCCAUGGGCUACCACAACGGCCUGGCGAUGCAGAUGGGACUGAACACCCCGGUACAGACACCGUCCACAGCAUUGACGUCGCCCGCGUUCAGCCCUGUGACCCACCAGCGGACCUACAUCGACCCGCACACGUACGAGGACCCGAACCAGGCGAUACGUGAGUUCGCCAGAGAGAUCGACGCGUCUCACAUCAUCAUCGAGGCGGUGAUCGGCGGAGGCGAGUUCGGAGACGUCUGCAGGGGCAAACUCAUGGAUGUCACGGUAGCCAUCAAGACUCUGAAGCCGGGCACCUCUGAGAAGGCCAAGGUGGAUUUCCUGACUGAGGCGUCCAUCAUGGGCCAGUUCCAGCACCCGAACGUCAUCUUCCUUCAGGGCGUGGUGACCAAGAGCAACCCGGUGAUGAUCAUCACCGAGUUUAUGGAGAACGGCAGCCUGGACACAUUCCUCAAGGCGAACGACGGCCAGUUCCAGAUUCUGCAGCUGGUCGCCAUGCUGCGCUGCGUGGCCUCGGGCAUGCAGUACCUUUCCGAGAUGAACUAUGUGCAUCGGGACCUGGCCGCCCGCAACGUGCUGGUCAACGCCCAGCUGGUCUGCAAGAUCGCCGACUUCGGACUGAGCCGGGAGAUCGAGGCGUCCAAGGAGGGUGCCUACACCACGCGGGGCGGUAAGAUCCCGGUACGGUGGACCGCGCCGGAGGCCAUCGCCUUCCGCAAGUUCACCUCCACGUCGGACGUGUGGAGCUUCGGCAUCGUGGCGUGGGAGGUGAUGUCGUACGGAGAGCGGCCCUACUGGAACUGGAGCAACCAGGACGUCAUCAAGAGCAUAGAGAAGGGAUACAGGCUGCCGGCGCCGAUGGACUGCCCGGAGGCGCUGCACCAGCUGAUGCUGGACUGCUGGCAGAAGGAGCGCGCCCAUCGGCCGCCGUUCGCCAGCAUCGUGCGCACGCUGGACAGCCUCAUCAACUGUCCCGAGACGCUGCGCAAGGUGGCACCCAACAGGAGCGCCGGCUCGCUGUGGCCGCCGGCCGCCGACCCGGCCACCCUCACCAGUCUGGAGGCCUGGCUGGCCUCCAUCAAAAUGAGCCGCUACCUGGAGAACCUGCAGCGCGCCGGCGUCACGUCGCUGGACGCGGCGGCGCGGCUCACCGAGCCAGACCUGGUCGCCGUCGGCGUCACGCUGGUCGGACACCAGAAGAAGAUGGCGCAGGCCAUCGCCUCGCUGCGGCUCCAGGUCCGGACGCACCGGGCCGACGCGUGCUUCGUGUAGCGGCCGCGGGCGGCGCCACUGCAGCGGUGGUGGCGAGGUGCCCGCCGCACGGCGGUGUGAUUUGGCUGUUGGACGCUGGACCGGCGCGGCUGUGUGUUGUUGGCCGUUGGAGACCAGUGCGGGGCGGCGCCGGCGCGGCGGCGCGGCCGCCGGUGUGAUCACGGUGCAGCGGGGCGGUCCGGAGACGGCGCCCCGCGCCCCGUGGUUCUGUGAUAGCCGCCGGGACGAGCCGGGCCCGCGUCGCGUCGUUGCUGUUAAGCAUACCUGAUACUCAUCCAGUGUUGGUCAUAUGUGCCUGUGAACCAUUCCAUUGUGCGCGCUCGUCUCACCAUUGCAUUUCCUCGGCUGCCGCUGUCGUGUGAUAUAUGUAGACUGCUUUUAUAGAAACACGUGUGAUCGAGAGGAUCGAGCGAGCUGCAUUUUUAUUACGAGCGGAAUAUUUUCUCUCCAUUUGGGGAUUUAGUUUUAGCAUUGAGAGCCGUAUGCGCGUUUGGUUUGUUUUUGUAUGGCUGUGUUCGUGAGAGGCGACAACCGGACGGUGGUUUUGUUUUACUCGUACCGCCUCGUGCGUUAUGGUUUGCGGUCUUUCCACCCGAUAACCGAGAGGUUCCGUUGGUGUCAUGAUUUCGCUCUCUUUUACAGUAUCAUGAUUAUCGCUGGAAUAAAUUAUUCGAUCCGGUUC